CCCAAGACGGCCGUCUCUCACUGCUCCGCCCGACUAAGAAUUACGGGCGGGAGUGCGCGAUUUGUAUCAUACGGCAUCAGCUGGAAAGCAGGAGUGGAGUACGCAGGCGUUUCGGUAGGAAACGAAUGACUCCCAGCCAUCAUUCGCCACAGCGGCUGAGGGGGCGACGCUCGGCCACAACACAAGGCAACAACGACGUAAUGAUCAACACGCCCCUCAGGCACCGACUCGAUCAUCGCGCAUGCAUCGGAAUGCAUCACCACAGUCUGGAACGCAGACGAAGUCGUCGCGGGAAAGACUUGCGUCUCAGGUCACAGGAUCUCGUGAUAUUGUAUUGUUGCUCACCUUUCCACUCAGCGGAGUGGGACAGGCCUACCGUUCCGCUCGUCGUCCUCGGAUCUCACCUGGCAUGCACAGGAUUUCGGUCUCUUCGAUGGCUCAUGCAGCGCGCUGACAUCCACGGCUGUCACAGCGGCAUGCUACGGUUGCUGAUGCAUCUGCUGCAGCAGACACGCCCUCUGUACCAUCAUCCUAUCGUUUGUUCACUCCAACAACCUGAUGUUUGGCAACAUAUCCACCUCUUCCAACGAACAAGAGCGGGUGCUCAGCCAGGAAUCCUCAGCGGUGCUAUAACAUGCGUGUCAUGUGUGACCCUGAUAGUGUUCUGGUAGCAAGGAGGAAAUGUCUGAGUCUUUUAUAUUACACCUGUCUCGGCAACAAACAAAUUUUUAUUCUUUCAGGCAAUAAUAAGACACAUGCUUAACGGCAAAAUAUGGUGGAAGCACCUAAAUGAUCAUAAACGAUCGUCACCCAUAUAUGUGAAAGGUCACGAUGGCUCGUAAUAGUGCUGUUCAUCUUUGCCGUAUCACUCGAUAGUGUUAUGUCUGAUUACUGCAGACACCAAAUCCAUCUCGAGAUGGGUUAUGCGUUGUCCACUAUGUCAAAGGCGGAACUCACGUGCCAUCUGUGUCAAAGAGAAGAAAUAAUCCAC